AUGGGUUCGGGCCCUUUAACGGGGACAGUGGGAGGGAGGCGGCGCGGGGAGGUCGCGGGGAGGGGGACGUUGGGCACAGCUGGGGCUACGAGCGAAUCUAGAAGCGAUUCUAGGAGGAGCGAAUCUGUAGCAAGAUUCGCUUAUGAUGACGAUAGCCUGUCCCCCGCGAGGCGGCGUCCCCCAGGAUUAGGGCGGCGCGCACUGUCGUUUGGCAUGUCGCCGUGGCGCUUUGACUAUAACGAUGCCGUUACUAACGCGGCUUCUGGCGAAACCGCCCCUGUGAGAGGAUCUAGCAGCGUACGGCAGAGGAGGCGGGGAUUUUCGCGCAGAGGAAGGGCGGGGGAACGGGCGGGCGGAGGCGCGGAUUCGUCCCCCUUGACGCCAGCGGGCGCGCGGACGCGGGGGGCUGCGCGCCUGUGGGCCGGGCGGAACAGCAGCGCGUCCGCAGAUGGAGAGUCCCCCAGGGGAGCUGGGGGGGGCGCCGCCGUGGCUGCUGCUGCGGCGGCUGCGGCUGCUGCGGCAGCUGCGUUAGCAGCAGCGGAAGAGGCGUCAGGUGGAGGAUUUGUGGACGUUCCCCUUGACGGAUUCCGUCAGAUGUCUGUCAGAGGCACAACUCGUGGCUCUCCAGCGUCCCCACCGCAUCUCACCGCCUCAGACCGCAGAUCAUCUUCCAGAGUGCGCAGGUGGCUCUCCUCCCUCAACGUGAUUGGUCGCGUGCGCCGCGACCGCCAGCUCAGCGACCGCCAGCUCAGCGCUAUCCCCGUGUUCCCAUACCCGUCCCCACAACACCCCCUCCUCCAAUCCCCCAACGGACACCCUUCCACCCCUAACGCCCUCCAUCCCUCGAGUUCUCCUGUGCUUCAGUCCGCUAAUAUCCUUCAUCCCACCAACUCCCCCCUUCACCAAGCCAUGUCCAAUCGCACGUCCCCUUCCUCCUCCCCUUCUCCCAACUCCCCCCGCCUGCACCCGUCCUCUCAACCGCACCUAACCUACUCCAACUCCUUGCCGUUCCGGACGCUUCAGAAUCUCCCUGUGCUGCCGCCUCUGCCGGAUCAGGACGAUGGGGACGAUGGGCCGCCGCCCGCUGUUGCCACCCGCCCGGCCACGGCUCACUCCAGUCCAAGCCCUGCCGCCCCGGCCCGCCCUUUUGUUACCCCACUCCACUCUGCCACCUCUUCUCUCGUGCUCCCCUCCCCUCCACUCCCCUCCCCUACACUCGUCUCCCCUCCACUCCCCUCCCCCUCCGUUUUCCCUCCUCUUUCCUCUCCCCUCCCCUUUCCUCCCCUCCCCCCCCCCUUCUUUCCCCUCCCCUUUUCCCAUCCCCUUUCCCCAUCCCCUUUCCCCAUCCCCUUUCCCCUCCCCUUUCCCCAUCCCCUUUCCCAUCCCCUUUCCCAUCCCCUUUCCCCUCCCCUUUCCCCUCCCCUUUCCCCUCCCCUUUCCCCUCCCCUUUCCCCUCCCCUUUCCCCUCCCCUUUCCCCUCCCCUUUCCCCUCCCCUUUCCCAUCCCCUUUCCCAUCCCCUUUCCCCUCCCCUUUCCCAUCCCCUUUCCCCUCCCCUUUCCCCUCCCCUUUCCCAUCCCCUUUCCCCUCCCCUUUCCCCUCCCCUUUCCCAUCCCCGUUCCUCUCCACUUUCCCCUCCCGUUCCCCAUCCGGGCAUCCCCUCCCUAUCCCAUCCCCCAGCCCCGUCAGCAGAAGCACCGGACGAUUUCUGGUGGCAGGGGGAGAUGAGCGAGGAGGACUCGGGGGUCAUUGAAGCAGCCAUGCAGGCCAUUCUCAUGGAUGGGCUCGCAGACGCGCUGCAAGGGGGGGGGCUGCAGGGAGGCGGAGGGCUGGGAGGGGGAGGGUUGCAUGGAGGGGGCGGGAGAAGGUUGAUGGUGCCGCAGAUGCUGUUGUUUGAGGAUGAGGAGGCGUGGACUUACGAACAGCUGCUGGAGUUGGAUCGGAAUAAUGUUAGACGCGGCCUGAAGCAGCAGGAGAUGUGGAAGCUAGAUCGGCGCAAGAUGGGGCAUGGGGACGAGAGGGUGGAUUGUCAGAUCUGUCUGUGUGAGGCCGUGGCAGGCGAGCUGCUCACCUCGCUGCCCUGCAAGCACACGUACCAGUGA